AAGAGUUCGUCCACGGAGCACUCUUCGCCGGCCAGUCAGCGCCAAAAAGUGCACAGCUCCAGGACGACAUCCGCGCACGUACGCUCGCGCCCGAGCAGCGACGACAGCUCGAAACUGAACGUGAACUGCUUUUUUUUUCGUUUCACCAAUCGGUCAUCGUGGACGUUCGCCCGGUGGCCGACCACAAGAAUCGCCCAACCGUUCGUUCCCGAUGUGACGAUCCUCGGUCGACGGACCUCGACGAGAUCAGCUGCUCCUUGAUACUUGGAACCUCGACCGAAUUCCUCUCUACCACGUUCCCGACGUGCAGUGCGUAUGAUCUGGAAAUCGAGCGAAUCGGUCGGCCGAUCGAUCGCCGCCAUGACUGACACGUAAAGAACGAGACCGUGUGAUCAGAGAUCCAGCCACCCGUGGUACGCGAUAGUGUGCAACAUGCGAAGGGAUCGACGGUCACCUCGAUCGACCGCAGACCAAUCGGCGGACUGAUCGGUAGUCCGCUCGAUGAAACCCAGGAUGAUGAGUGGUGACUCGUAAACAGAGUGUGAUGAGAUCGAAAUACAUUGAAAGCUACUAGAUCGACCAAAGUGCUUGCAUCCGUGUACGUGAAGGUGAUAGUAGUAAUCCUAGACUGAGCAACGUGCGGGAGGUACGGACGUUCGUCGUCGGACAGAUGCGAACCGCGAACACUGACGCGAAACAAAAGCGCGGCUGCCGCUGGUGGUAUCGUUACGUUUGAGGGUGCCGGUUGCCGACCGGUUUCCUCUUGAGCCCGGCAGUUUGGACUUGGCUAGCUGCAGGAUGAUGUACUCACCGGACAAGAUGAUGGGGAGCAAGGGGCUCCACGGGGCACCGAUUACAGCCCCGGGCUGUUUCCCUUCGGGAAGGUAUUCGCCGCCGGCUUAUCGAGCCGCACCGGAUCCCAUGCCGCCACCGCCGCGACGCUGCAUGCCCAAUCCUACAAGUCGUAUCUUGGAAGAUGCCUCCAUUAUGUGCAAUUCCUGGUCUCCGAGGCAUAAUGGUGACUUGUUCGGGGGCCUGAACAGCGGCCUACAAGACGGCUUACUCUCGAGGGCGGAGGCUUUGGCGGCGGAUUUGGGAAAACACAACGCGGGUACGCCGAUGCCUUUGAAGCACGACCCCGUCUCAGUCUAUCAUCACGGAGCCCACAUGCCCACCCCACAUCCGAAUAACCGGCCACAUCAUCAGGUACAUUCACACCUCUUUAUGAGUCAUCCGGGGAUGGAGAGUUUGGAUAUGUUGGACCCAGCGAACUCGAUGACCACUCUGACGCCGAUGUCGGAGAACACCGGCGGAGGGCCAGGCCAUCACGCGGGUAUCCACGGUCCCUCCGUUUACGGUGGGAUGAACGGGAUGAUGGGUCAUCACCAUCAUCACGGGAACCUCGGCGGUGGCGGAGGAAGCGUCCCUCAUCCGGCGCACCAUCAUCCAGCAAUGGCAGCGGCGGCCGCGGCAGCCGCUGCCGCAGGCUUGCAUCCAGACGCUGACACAGACCCGCGAGAAUUAGAAGCGUUCGCCGAGAGGUUUAAACAGAGACGCAUAAAGCUGGGCGUGACGCAAGCCGACGUUGGGAAAGCGCUGGCGAACCUGAAGUUACCGGGCGUCGGGGCGCUGUCUCAGUCGACGAUAUGUCGAUUCGAGUCGUUGACGUUGUCGCACAACAACAUGAUCGCGUUGAAACCGAUCCUGCAAGCGUGGCUGGAGGAGGCAGAGGCGCAGGCGAAGAACAAGAGGAGAGACCCAGACGCACCCUCGGUGUUGCCCGCUGGGGAGAAGAAGAGGAAGAGGACGAGCAUAGCCGCGCCCGAGAAACGAUCUCUGGAAGCGUACUUCGCGGUGCAACCGCGGCCGUCCGGCGAGAAGAUCGCCGCGAUCGCAGAGAAACUCGACUUAAAAAAGAACGUGGUGCGAGUCUGGUUUUGUAACCAGCGGCAGAAGCAGAAGCGCAUGAAAUUCGCUGCUCAACAUUGACCCGAGGGUGGCUUGUGACAGCAAAACUGACCGUAUCAGUUGCCCAGUCUCGAGCCUAAACCAGAACCCUUGACCGAGUUCCAAGGAUGGCCGUGAAAGAAAGCACGGACGACGUGAGAGGAACGGUGGACGCCUGCGAGAAAGGGAACGCCUCGACCGUGCUGGCGCGAGAGUGCACACGCGUGUGCGCGUACAUUAGCCACGCACGUCGAUGGGGGUGAUUCGCGGACACGAUUUCUCUCGGUUGGAGGUGAUUCGCGGACAAGCUAGCUCGAUGCUGUGGCCAAGUGAGCGACGCUCAGACUGUCACAGGCUUAAUAAUAUUUCUGCGGUUCUUCAAAACCCGCGCGCGUCGCGCGCGAUCUUCUCGACGCGUCUCCCGGUUAGGUUUCCACCGGAAGCUGACGAUUCUUAGCGCAUCGAUUCGCGGGCCUCUUCCAUCUUCCGCGUUCAACCUCAUUUCUCACCGUAUGAUUGUGAUGGAUUAUAUUUUACAAAGUGGUGUUUACUGAUUUUAAACGACGGAACAUUAAAUUAUUCAUUGCUCGUCGAGUUCCAUCCGUUUCAACCGCCUCCCAAGAAAAGUAAAAGAAAAUUAACAGUUUCCAUUUUAUAAAAGAGAGACUCAUCUUUGUUUCACAUUUUUGACGCGACAUUUGAAAUUGAAGCGACGCGUCUUACGUUUAAGAUCGUGUGAAAGAAGUAAACGCAAUUGGUAAUAAGGAGAAACGCUGGCGUUAUGAACUCGGUGAUACGUCGUACAUUGCAUAAGAAUAUCGUAUAAAACGACAUAAAAACACCCUUGCAGAAGAACUAGAUCAAAUCAUCUGUAAAGUGAGAUAGAAUUUGUGAAGCAUAUCAGCUACGAUCGCGAUAAAACAGUUUACGAGGGUACCCGCCCCUAGACCGACCCGCGUAGACCGUGAAUCGUCGUUGAUGCUGAUUUCAUGAUCACAGCUUCUCCUAUAAAAGCAUACAUUUAAAUUCAAAUUCGCCGGUUGUCCUAAUCACAAUUCCUGCUUCGACAGAAUUAAACACAGAGCAUCGAUCGCCACGGAACGGUCGACUGCAUUUUAAUAAACUUCUCCAGAAAUUGAUAAUUCGAUAUUAUUUAAUUCGAGAUACAUUCAGCAAUCCUACAUUUAAUAAUCGAGUUACAAAAUCAGAAAACACCCGAAUAUAUUUAUGACGAAAUGAAAGGGAAGAGGAAGAAGGGUUUCUCGCUGAACGGGAAAUAAUUUGAAUUACAACGAAGUACAGCCGAUCGAUCGUCGACGCGUCUUGAAAAAAGUACAAUUCGAAACAUAAGAUAUAAAAGUACGUAUUGUUAUGAAAUCGUCGCGCAGAGACAUUGCGCCGAGCAAAUAAAGUGAUAUUAAUCCUAAUAGACACUCAGUGCAGUGUAAAAAGUGAAAAGCUAGAGAGAAAGAGAGAGAGAGAGAGAGAGGAAGAGCGAGAGCGUGAGAGAGAAAGGGAAAAGAGGUAUGUGUGUUAUACUAUAAGUAAAUGUAAAAUGCCGAUAUGCUCCUGGAACGAAUCUCUCUUCGACUAUUUUCUUGAUGUUAUGUUAUCUGAAAUAAAUAAGGAAACUAGAUACAGAAUUUGGACUUUAAAUCGUCUGUAUUUUCAAUUGACAAAUGAAAUGUGCAUAUAAAAUAGUUCAAACUUGCAGAUCUUUGUUUUAUCGGUUCUGAAUAUUUAAAACACUUAAUUUCCUUACACAUAUAUGUCCUUUGAUCAGAUUAUAAACUGAUGCUGCUUCAUCGUUACAAGUUAUUCAGGAUUCGUUCCAGCGUAGUGUAUCGAUUAGUAACGACGAGGAUGAAAGCACGAAGGAGGUGAUGAACCAAGAAAAGGAGGAAAAACGGAAUGGGGAGAUGAAAAGGAUGUGUUACGUAGUGAUAUUGGACAAUCAGUGAAAAGACUGUAUCAUAUCAUAUUGAAGCAAUACCGUAGUAUUAGUCGACGAAUUAACGAAACUUUAUUUGUACCCCCUCGUGAUUGACCGCGCGUUCCCUGUACACAAAUGAGAAUUGUUUUCACGCGAAAAGAAGAAGGAACGGGAGGUGCAGAACAAACGAGAACGAAGGGAAUGAGAGGAGUAUCGUUCUUCGCACGAAACGAAUCAGUGUCUAUCAAAGCAAGUAUUUUCAAUGAAUAGGAUGCGACAACGAUUUUCAGCGCGCGGUGAACAAAACUCGCAUGGCUACGGGAGCGCGAUUGAUCGCCGAACGAACAGCUGCGAAAUUGAUAUCUCUUAUUAAACUCUUUGGAAACUACUCGCCGUAUUUUACGACUGGUGCGAUUAUACAUAUAUUUUUGUUUUCUGACCGAUUUCGUCGUCCCUGGGCGACGCGAAAAUCGUUUUAAAAAAUGUAAGUAAUCGAAAUAUUCGUAGAACCGGGUGCGCCGGAGCCGAUCACGCGACACUGAUCGAUCGGGGAAAUCGAAGUACGGACCGACGGGUAGGGACGAUCGUGGAAUAAAAAAAUAACGAGAGGAUGUAACGAUCAGCGAUCGAGCUCGAAUAAUUCGCGCGCAUUCAGCAAUACCGCGGGGAUGUUUCGGUGACCAGAGCGAUACGUCACUGUAAUAGUUAAAAUGUAAGCGAGAGAGGAAGGUAGUAAUUUUUAAAUUGUACAUACGUAAGAGGAUAGGUAUUUUCUAGAGAAAUAAUAGUCUGUUAUCAUUCUACUAGAUAAUGGAGAAAAAAAACGAUUCUAGUGCAAUAUAGAGUUUAACUACAUUUAUUAUUAUUAUUAUUAUUAUUAUUAUUAUUAUUAUUAUUAUUAUCAUUAUUGACGCAUUCGUUAUUGCUCGUUAUUUUGUCUCUUUCUCUCCUCCUUCUAUUCCUAUCUGACUCGUUUCGAGCCGAAAUUGCUGUCGGACUCACUUUUGCAGUGCCACUUACAAUAUUUUAUUUUCUAUUCUCGUUUAUCAAAAAUAUCAUUUUCACAUCGAUCGCGUGUCGCCGACGAUUAACACGUGACUUGCAGACUCGCAAGUGAAAUUUUAAAAAAGGGACCGACUCACCGUUAGUUUCACGAUUAACAAUCGCUUCGCAUAAAGGGCGAACAAAUCAACGUAGCAAGUUCCAUUCGCGUCCAUCGAUCCGCCCGUUCCGCUCGAAAAUCACAGCGGUGUCCGUGCACGAUUCACGGUGAUCAUUGUGAUGUUUCGUGGUAUAUCAAUGUCGUUCGUUCGCUUCCAGAUCGAACAGGUAUAACGUGAAAGGGUUGACGGGUAACUCAGAGAACGGUGCACCACCGCGUUGAGCUUCGUUGAUCCUUCCGUCGUUUCAAAUAACGAUCGAUGUGCGGAACACGCGAUGCGAUACCGAUAAAUCUGUAAGUAUUCCUCGAGUUUUCUGUACGAUAAUCGAAACCCGCAGUCGUCGUUAACUUCGAUACGUGAACGUGAAAUAGAUCAGGUAACCAACGAACGCAUUAAUUUCUCUCCCUUUACAUUCUGUGUUUUAAGGCUACUUUGAAUUUACGAAAACACAGGUUUAUGGUCAAGCCAUAAUUUAAAACGACAAACAGGUUUCAUGCUUUGGCAGGAUUGAAGGACCCAAGGCUGUAUACAGCAUUCGAGUUUAGAAUUACAAUCAUAAAAGUAUAUACUACGUGGAUAAAUGAAUCAGAAUAUAGAACCAAUUGAAACGCUUCUUACAGCCCUACCUCUUACUUCAUCUUCUUAAUUUCAAACUCCUAAAACUGAAGCUUAUAUCUUCUUCGUUACAAAGAAACGAACAAUAACGAUAAUUUUUUAGAACGUACUUCGAGCACGUUAUCCUUUCGUCUAUCAGAUUCUUCUUACGUAAAAACGAUUCGCGACUAAUCCGAAAGAAUACAGUCUAAUCAGCUUGUAAUCUAAUUAUCGUUGGGGAGCCCAUUUCCCUCUUCGAAUGGCGAUCGAAUAAAACCGAUCGGUUCGAGCUGACGCACGAGAUCGCUCGUAUAGACGCGAGGGUCUUUCGAGAGACGACACGUUCUAGACAUUAAAGACAGGGUAACAAGUCAUAUCGCAAUAUGCUUUUUAACAGUUAUUAUGUAUCGUCGUAAUGUACAUCUAGAAGCCUUGCUGUUUGGCGCGAGUAGGUAUAUGCGCCGUGAACAUACUUUCCCCAAAUCUCGUACCUAUUUAAGACGAAACAAGACAAAUCUCUAGGACAGUAUUUUGCAUACGUGUAUCAUAUAAAAGAAAGCAAUUCGCGUGAAUCUGUAAGGAUCUCAUUUCCGUUUGUUCAAGCAGAGAAGUAAAGCGAAUGGAAAAUUUUUCUCUACGAUAGAUCUAUAAUCGUUUCUUUUAGAAUUACGCUAUCACAAAUCUAAGGGAUUCGAACCUCUUUUUGAUGUACUCUGCGUGCCAAGUUAUACUUCGAAGUGAACAAAAACAGCUGCGUUGCAAUUGAAAUGCAUGUACAAUCCGGUAUGUCAUUGAAUUCUUAGCAAUAAGAAGACACUCGCUCUUUUUACUUGUGAAUAGAGGAAAGAAAAUGUAGGGACGUUAUGUACAUAAAAUCGUGUUACACGCGUGGAAUGAUUCGUGUGAUUCAUGAAGGUAAUCGAAUCUUCUUCGAGCAAUUCUCUUCCAGAGAUAAAUAUUUGAAUAUUUUAUUUAGUAAAAUCUCAAAUGUAUUUUCACUUUACAACUUUUAUUAAUUAUUCAAUCUGUAAAAAGUUCGUAAAUUAUUCACAGCGAACGUUGGUCGAAGAUUUGAUUUUUCUAAUUUCAAUAGAUCAUCCCAUGCUGACGUAUACUCGGUUCCAUUUUUCUAAAACAACGAAUGGAAAAUACAUUUGAAGAGGUCGCGUAUACCUACAUGCGUGAAAGAUCGAAGAUUCUCAUGUAUAAUAUGAAUAUACACCGUGCGUAUGCACGUACGCAUACACCCGCAAACUUGCACAGGUCGAUGCACACGUGCAUACGGAUACGCUAUUUCUUUAUUUGUAUAAACAGUCGCAGGCCGCGACCGUAUCGUUUCGAAUGCUUAAUCGAGAGACGCAUAAUAACCAGAGGAGUAUUACGUUGACACGUACAACUAUAAAGAAAAAGAUUUGUAUAAAGGAUUACGAGAGCUAACUAAUUAGUAUAAAUAAUUACUAUCGACAAUUAGAUUGAAUGUUCAUAAUAAAUCUAAAGAAGCCGAAAUGAAUUGUUAAACUUGCAGUCUUACUCGUAGAUAUAUGCGCGAUCAACGUCUUUCGACUGGGUUCAUUCUGUUGGUCACGCGGAAUUGUUUACGGUGGCUCAAUGAAUUCUCACUCGAUUACGCUUUCUCAUUUCGCGUUACAGACAUGAGGAAUUUAUUUCUGACCACAAGCGAAAUCGCGUCUGUUUCAAAAUAGAAAAUAAGAUACGUAUUUUGAAAACCUUAUCAUUGCUCAAAAUUAUAAGCAUCUCACUAUACGUUGAUUGAUACAUCUUGUUUCAAAAAUUUUACUAUUUCUUAUAAACCCGUCAGCUACAGCGUUCGUUACUGUAAAUUAUACAUUAUGCAUAUAUAUUGUUGAGAGGAAAGAGGGAAGUCUAUUAUUUAUGCGAUUCGUGGAAUUUUCUAAUACUUAUAAACGAACACACUGUUAAGAUUUUUAUUUAAUUUGUAUAAAACGUUGGCAGACUUCUCUUCGUUGUCGUUGAACAAAAGAAAUUCAGAGAAAAUUCGGGUAUAGUCAUAAGCGUACGAGGAUGCAUAAUUAAUUUGUACGAAUUGAUUGUAUAGAAAACGAACGAACGCAAUUUGAUGAAAGAAAGAGUCCUGUAAAAUACGACGAGGUCCGGGUAAGAAUGUAUUGUAAAAGUAUCCGAUAAAAGAAGCACCGUUUUAUGAGUAAGAACAUAAUUGACGAACGAAUAUAAUAACGUAAUAAAGACAUAUCAUAAAAGUAUUAGUUUAAUUAUCUGAUAUUGUAGAAUUUCUAUGUAAAUAUGUUGCGUGCAACUUGGAGCCAGGUUCCGAGGCGUUGAUGUAAAGUUGACGAAUUAAUUAAACUCGUGACGGCUAGCGAGGAGCCACGACCAGAGUCAGUUAUCAUCGUUACCCUCGUUUGAUUCGUGUAAAGCUUUCUCAUUGAUUCUCUACCGUUCCUGCGUAGACACCUUUCAUCAAUUUGUAUAUAGUUAAUCGAGAACGUAAACGUCUUUGUAAAUUGUUAUGUGAUGUAAUGAUUUACGCACUAGUUAAAUUUCUAUUCGCUUCCGGAUGUAUCUACACGAUAUCCUCGGCCGGAGAACGCAUCCCGUCGCGAGAAGGGAUUCGUUCGCGUCGAUUUUAUGGGUACAGAGAAUUUUUGUAAACCUGUCACAUAGUGUACGAUAGUUUUUAACGAGAUUUUUCAUUUGAGAUCCGUCGUUCCCUCACCUUGGAACGGCUACGGAUAGAUUGUAGAUUACGUGUAAAGAGAAAUCUCUUCGAGAAAUAGUAAAUUUUUUUCUUAAAAGCGGAACAAUUAAGAAAGUGAUGUUUCUUAAAAGCACACCAAAUUGCGCGCAAUGUAAGACGAAAAAAAAGACGAUUUUCCUCCAUACUGUACAUAUCAUGUGCCAUAUCUCAUUUACUAUACUUUGUGUCCAACUUUGUUCCAAGUACCUACUCAAUUAUAAAUAUUAUAGUAUAAUAAAGUAAACCUUGAUGU